AGAGAGAGGAACCUGAUUCUUGAGAUUCACCCCUUAUAAACCCCCAAAACGUUUAGCAGUGUCACUGGUUCUCUGUCUACUAUUCUUCUCUUUUGCCAUAGCCGUCAAGGGGAGCAACAAUAGCAAUGGUGAAGGGCGAGGAUGCAGUUCGGAGAAAGAAGAACAAGGUGAUCCGUAAGAGGAUGCAGAAGGACUCUUCAUCUGUUUCUGCCCGCGUCGCUGCUAUUAUCGCCGCAAAACAACGCCGCAAGUCCGGCAAACGCCGCAUGUGUGAGGGUAUGUGUUUCGGUCUUCCUACUCCAGAGGAUCCGUUCAAUGACAGACACGGGAAGAAGGAUUUCACCAGCAAGAAAGCCAAGACGGUACAGUCUUCCCAACGGGAUGGAGGGUCUGUUUCUAAGAAGGAUUCUGGCGGUAGGAAUCCUGAGAAGUCAGAAAAGAGAGAACCCAAUAAGGAGACGGCUAUAAAUCGAAAGAAAGGGAAAAACAAGUCGGUUGCAUCAAUUCGUAAGGAGGGCCAGCCUCAAGCAGCCCCUUCGAAACCAGCUAAAGAAAAUGCUAAGCUCAUUGGGAAUGUUAGAGAGAUUCACGCAAAAAACAGAGGGCUUUAUGGAAGCUCAGAUUGUCCAUCUAAAUUUCUUAUUUUGUGCUUGAAUUCCAUACAAAAUGCAUUGCUGCAUGAUGAUACCUUGAAUGGCAAUAAAGACAAGCAUUUGUUGGUUAACACAUGGGGAUUUGAGUUCUGGAAAUGUGGUUCUGCUGGAUUAGAUAUACUUGAGACGACUGGAACUUGUUCUUCCACAGAUCAGGUCGCGUGGAUGGCCUCCACCGCAGCUGAUACUAUUGCGAGAAAGGAGAAAGAAGGUCUAUCUGUCGGUAGCCCUUUUCUCUUAUUUCUUGUUCCAUCACAAGAGAAAGCCAUCAAGGUACGGUCAGUAUGCAAACCACUUAAGUCUCUUGGAAUACACACAGUUAGUGUACAUCCUGGUGCGUCAUUAGAGCAUCAGAUUCAUGGGUUAAGGAGUUGUGAGCCUGAGUUUCUUGUUUCCACUCCUGAGAGGCUUUUAGAGCUUAUUUCUUCGAAGGCUAUUGACAUAUCUGGGGUCUCGUUAUUGGUUGUAGAUGGAUUCGAAGCUUUUGUUGAGGGAAAAUUUCUAGAUAAUAUAAAAUCCAUUAGACAAUCCAUUUCUGGAGAUCCCCAAACAGUACUUUUCGGUAAUUGCUUUGGACAUACCUCUUCUUCAGUCGUGCAAGAUCUUUUGGUGGGACCAAUCAGUCGAUUAUCUCUUAGCAACUCUAUAAUUAGUCAAAGUGCAUGCAUUGUUCAGUCCAUACAUUUAUCUGCCUCAGAAGAUGGAAAGCUAUCAGAGGGCAUUAAAAUUUUAGAUCAAGCAUGCAGUAUGCACUCAUUGCUACAGAAGGUCCUAUUUAUAGUAGAAACAGAUAGCACUGCCCAGAUGUUACUUACUACUGUGAAGGCCAAGGGCUAUCCUGUUUUGAAGGACUCAAUUAGUGACGGUUCACAAGUAGCUAACAGUGACAGGAGUACAUUGAUCUCAGUCACUGAUAAGGAGCACCUUUGGGCAACAGAUAUAGGGGAAUUUGAUGUCAUCAUAGUUAUUGAUUUCUUUUCAUCAAUGGAUGACUACAUUAAGAUCCUCACAAGGAUGGCGCGCCACACAGUCAAUGGCAUAUUGCAUAGCUUCUUCAGCUCGGAAAACACACCACUUGCCAAACCAUUGAUCGAGCUACUUGAACGGUGUGAUCAGACAGUGCCCAUUGCUCUUAUGAGACUUGUGUGCCCCGAAUUCGUAAUUUGAACAUCGAAGUAUAUUCACUCCUAUUGCCUCCAUUUUUUGUUCUCUAUGUUCAUUUCUUCAAAAUUUUGGUUAUAGUUGUUUCUGGUGUUCCUAAAUGAACAGGAGAUGUUUAUGCACAAUUUUUGAAAAUUGCAUAAUUAUGGAACAAUCUUGGCACUAAACAAAUCUUGAAAGGACCUGAUGUAACUAAGUUCAUUUGGUUCAUGAGACAGUAUAGGAACUUGUAAUAGUUGGAAUGAGCAAGGAAUGACAGGAAGAAAUGAAUACAUUGACGAGUUUAAUCUUCA